AUGAUAAGUAGUAAUUCGUCAUCGACAAGUCUCAACGUGGAAACGGAUUAUCCCACGAAUGGAAAAAAGCCGUUAAAAGAGGGAUCUGUCCAAUUAACUUCCUUGUCAACACUUCUCUCCCAUCAUCGAUAUUUCUUCUUGUAUCAUGAAACAUUGAUAAUUUCAAAGCAAAAGGGAGCGUGUUCCUACAAAUUGAAAGAAAAACUCCGUCUGGAAAAAGUUUGGGUUGCAUCUUCGAAUACCGCUGAUUCAUUUCUGAUCGGUUGGCCGUUCACUAAUUAUUUGGUGCAUUUCAGAAAUACUGAAGAGAAAGACGAGUGGUUUGAACUGCUUUCAUGUUGUGUUCAACAAUGUCUUCGUCCACUUUUCACCACCAUUUCUAUGGAUAUCAAUGUUCGAGGAAGAAAACAGACGAUUCGUCGACGAGUUGACAAUGGUAAAAAGUCGGGUGAAAUCGUGGUUGACACUGCUGGAGACCUUGGUCUACCUCACACUUCUUAUCAGCUGACGUUGUCUGUUGGUGAUAAUUCGCAUAGACAACUCCAAGGACCUGAAAACGUGUAUGUGGCCAUAAUGAGUGAAAUCGAAAGACAAGGAACACGACUUUCUGAGAGUCAGAAACAAUCACUUGACACGUGUCCAAUUGCCAAUUGUCGACUGAUUCUCUCAACUAUCAAAUCGGCUUCUGGUCCUUCUGCAAAACAAAUUGUUAAUAGUAUUAAAAAGAAAGUGUUGACUCGAACCGAUUCCCGUUCAAUCUUUGGCAAGGAACUGAACGGUCCAACUCCUCCUCAACCCAUCAUGACAAUAGUGGAUCAUCUCAGAAUGGACGGUUUUGAUGCAGAAGGAAUCUUCCGAAAAUCUCCAAAACAAAGCACUUUCAAAGAAUUAAAAAGUGAAUUGGACAAAGGAGUUGUCCCGGAUUUCCAUAAAUACAACACACAUGUUCUUGCAUCAAUCCUGAAAGAAUAUUUGAGAAGUAUUCCUGGAAAAAUACUUCUAUCCGGAAACUACGAACUAUGGAUGAGAGAAAUUUCUGAUGAAUCCGUGUUUGAGAGAAAAAUAACUUCCUGUCGAGCACUUCUUUCUCAUCUUCCAACAUCUCACAGUAUUUUAUUGGCCAACGUUCUGAAAUUAUUGAACAAAAUUUCAAAUUCGCCCACAUCAAAAAUGAAUGCAUCGUCUCUUUCGGUCUGCCUUGCACCCAGUUUUUUGGAAAGUCCGGAUCCGAUGGAAGGUGGAAAAAAGAUCCCUCCGCUCGUAGAGUUUCUGAUUUCGAAUGCUGCUCAAGUGAUGCCUGGAUUCUCUACUGAUAAUGUAUUUGCUAUAAUGAGUUCCCCAAUGAUUGAUCAUAAUUCCAAUAUGAUCUGCUCUCCUGCACCCAGUUCAUCACAUUCAGAUGACGGCGGAAGUUCUCAGAAAACUCCGAUAAUCGAGGAGUUGAAUGAGGCCGACGACGCUACCUCUCAGUCUUCUCUUGCCGAGUCUGACCUGCCUGACGAGCCACGUGGAAACUCUGUUCAUCUGGAGACCAUUUCAGAAAUUUCCGAGCCUCCAAUUCACGACGAACGCCUUCUAUUUUCGUCUUCUGAAUCUGAAUAUGAAGAAGAUGAUGAAGACGAAUUAAGGAGCUAUCGACCACAACGAUCCACGUCUUCCACCUCUACGUCUUCUUGUUUUGUGAGGACUUCAUUCGUAUCAGAAACAUUGAAGACGUCAUCAGAUGACGUGGAUAAGGGAUUGAAUAAGGAAACUCCAAGAUCCCCCUGUUUGAAAAGAAUACAUUUCCAGAGAACAGAGGCACAACAUAGAAACAAAGAAGGAACCGUAAAACUCGAUUUCGAAGCUAUGAAAUUCCAUCAUCACCAACGUCCAAGUGUUCGAAAGAGUUCUCUGGAAGAAGUCGCUCGAAAGAAUUCCGCAGAAUUCCUAUCGUACCAUCACAGCCGAGAACCGAGUGAUGCUGUUACCCCAACUCCUCCAAAAAGUAUGAAUGCAGGGACACCGAUAAGGAAAGAAUCAAGAGAAGAAGCCACUCAGACGGCGGAUUGUGGACUGCCAAACAUUUCAGCGUCGGACUCCAGAUUCCCAGCAUUCAAGAGUAGUAGUGUAGCAAUGUUGACGGAGACAUAUAAAUCACCAUCAUCAUCAUCUUCGUCGUCAUCUUCUUCAUCCACGUCAUCUUCUUCAACAAUUCCAUCGGAUCCCCACCCACGGCCAUAUUUCCUAAAAGAUGAAUACAAUCAACCUUCCUCCAAACCGACAGUUCAAGUGGCUCCAUUUUCACAGGAACCCAGUCUAAAAACUAUAAAUGAUCGUUUGAAUGCUCUCCGUCAAAAUUCAAUUAUUUUGGCAUCUUCUAACGAGACGACGGUACCUCCGGAGCCAUCGAUGUCGACGUCAUCUCGAUUCAGAAGUGACGUGACAAAGAGUUUGACAAAUAGUCCGAUAAUGCCGAGAAGUUACGGUGGAUCAAUUAUGCAAAAGGAUCGAGAAGAGCAUUGUUUUGUGCCUGAUGAUUUCUACAAAGCCCCUGUCAAAAAACCAGAGCUCCAAAGAUCAUCAUCUCAACGAGGUCUGACAAAUAACAACAACAAUAACAAACAAAUUCUUGCUUCCCGCCCAUCUUCUGUCAAAACAGCUCGUCGUUUUGCAAAUGGAGGCAUUGAAGCCUGCGUCGGAAUGGAUCCUUUGGAGAUAAAUUGGAGUGUUUCUCAACUGAAAACUCUGUUUCAAGACACGAAAGCUCCUGCUAUAGAUACAAAGCCACGCCCCCUUUAG